AUGGCAACCUCUCCGAUCGCGCAGCCUGCCAUCGUAAGCGCCGCAGUCUCAUUAAGAUGGCAGAACAAUACUGAUUCCCUACAGACUGAGGGAAUGAUACCAGCUCAAGACAUCGACCGAGUCCGCUAUAUCCACUAUGCCGCGCAAUACAUGCUGGCUGCCUACUACGUCUUCUUCAACAUCAGCGACGUCAGCGCUAUUCGAGUCCGUCAGACGGGCCAUUUGAUUUUCGGCUACGCUCUGGCCAAAGCCCAGCCGAACUGGGCAGUCCUUGAGAGAUCGUCAGCCAUGAACACCGUCGAGAAUGGAUUGCACUACCUCCUCAACGCGUGGGAGGCGCUCAAGAUGGAGGCUCGUGGCCAGGCUGCCGAAGAGCUCGAGAAGGUCAUCUUCGACAUUGUCGGCGCGGAGAAGGGGCGGAAAGCACUGAACUGGAAGCGCCUUGAGCUCCAGGACAAGUCGCGUCAAGAGGAGCGCAAAGCCGCUCUGCUUACACGUGAGCAGCAGGCGCAGGAAGUGGAGGCUCACUCCCAGCUUGGGUACUUCUGA